GUACCGUCGGGAUGUGCGAUAUCUCAAACUGUUCCAUUAGCAGUGUUUGCGACGGAUUUUGCGCAUCGGUUUGGGCGACAGAGUUGCUGACACAGAAGUGUUGCGAGAAAGUGGAAUGUAUGCAGUGGACUGCAUAAUUUUACUGAGACACCUGAGGUGGAUCGGUCAUGUGAGCCGUAUGGAUUCGACGCGGAUACCGAAGCAGCUAUUAUAUGGUCAGCUGAGUAUUGGGAAGCGGCACGUGAGGAAACCAAAUUUACGAUACCAGGACAUGAUUAAAGUGAGCCUCACACGUUCUAAUCUUGAUUGCAGAUCAUGGGAAUCGAAGGCGGUUGAUCGGCGUGCAUGGCGCGAGGUGCAGGAGAAAGCCCUCAUGCAUGCAGAGAAGAAGCGGCAAGCACCGAUGGGUUGUUCUCCAUCGACAUCAAGCGCAUGGUGCUGUAAAACAUGCGGUCGCGAGUACCUUAGUCAGGCAGGCUUAGUGAGCCAUGAGCGAGGCCACUCGGGACUACUACCGAAGCGACGACGGGUCCUGCAGAGAACGUAGCCAGAACCGGCCCAGCGUUUCGUGGAGGAAUGGCCCUUUCCCCCAUAUUUUUGCUUUCACAAAGAAUAACCCAUCUCCCAAAAGCGGGCAGAAAUAUUCUGGCUUUAUUUUUCUCGAAGUCGUGGAUCGCAACUGAUGCUGGCAUCUUGACAGCCCUUGACACUCGAAGCAAAAGCGCAAGGAUAGAAUCCUCCAUUAAAUUGUACCUGAAGCGUGCGCAUGCACACGAAUGCCUGGUUGAAUCUGAAAGAGAAGAGUUUGAAAGGGGACGUAAAUACUUAGCUCAAAUUAUUGGGGAAGAUCCAUCGACGUUCGACCAAGAGAAGAUCGAUGACGCUAUCAAAUACUUGUUCCCAUCUGCUCUCUUCAGCCCAAAAGCGAGACCUAAGCUAAAACCUCCCGAAGAAAUAUUUCCUAAGAAAAGACAGUUACAAUGCGAUUCCACUGGAAGACCUCUGCAUACAUUGUUUUACACGACAAGCCCUAACUUCUACACUGUAAUGAACGAGGCAGCGUACCAGUUGGAAUCCCUGAAGCGUGAACACGAUCGCCUGUACAUCACUAAAGAUGCUAAUCCCUACAAAGGACUUACACCGCUUGUCUUGGCCUCAACAGACUGGUUUACCAAAAAGCAAUUUGAAGAUUCCAUAGAAGAAGGCGUAACAAAUGAGAAGUUUGAACAAUGGCUUUUACUGAUGAAUCGGAUUGCAUCCCAUCCCCUCAACAGCCUGGCAAAAGAAUUCAUUUUCCGUUUUCGUGUUGGACAGUACAUUACAGAUGUCAAGGAAAUUUACCCAGAGCCCUCGUUAGAUCCAGACACCGGUCGGCAGUUUAUCAAAUCUUAUGGACAGAAGAGACAUUCAUUUGCCGAAGCCACCGUGUACCUUCCUGGUCACGGCGAAUUCCGUGUGGGUGACAAGCGACUGUUAGAGGCUUUUCCCGAUCUGAGUAACCGAGAGCAAAUCAUGUUUCCAUUACAACUAACAGGCGCUCUGGGUAAGGUAGAUGUUAUCGCCGAAGUAACUGCGACAGGACCAAGUUCAGCAGCUAAUUCUCUUCGUCUUGCUAUAUCUCGAUGUCUGGCAUCACUGUUGCCCGAGCAACAGGGCAGGCAGCGACUACGUGUCGCAGGUCUGUUGACUCAAGAUGAAAGGUUUGCCGAGAGAAAAAACCCCGGACAGAAAAAAGCUCGCAAGAAAACAAUUUGGAAAGCCCGGUAGUUUCGUGGAGCCGUUCCUAUGUAUAUAACAUGUAUCAAUUUAGAACAAUAAAUGUGUGCUCAUGAUU